AUGUUGGACUGUGUGAUGGAGGAAGGAAUAGACGAAGGAUUGGCCACCACCAUGACCCCAUGCAACACCAGCCAUGAUGGCCCUGGUGACAGCAAUGUCACCAAUGCAACCUUCUUCCCCUACUAUCAGCACUCCUUGCAUGCAGCUGCCAGUUACAUUUUGGCUUACCUCUUCAUCUUCCUGCUGUGCAUGGUGGGGAAUAUUCUGGUGUGUCUGAUUCUGCUCGGAAACAGCCGAAAGCUCACGCUCACCAACCUCUUCAUCCUCAAUCUGGCGAUCAGUGACCUACUAGUGGGCAUCUUCUGCAUCCCGACAACACUGGUAGAUAACCUCAUCACAGGCUGGCCCUUUACAAACACCGUGUGCAAGAUGAGCGGCUUUGUGCAGGGCGUGUCUGUGUCUGCCUCAGUCUUCACCUUAGUAGCUAUUGCUGUUGAGAGGUUUUGCUGCAUUGUAUACCCUCUACAGCCCAAACUCUCCCUGUUUAUCACCAAGGCCACUAUUUUUUUAAUCUGGGUGUUAGCAGUGGUGAUAAUGUGUCCAGCUGCAGUGGCGCUGACUGUGGAGAGAGUCCCCUACCACUACAUGGUCUACAAGAAUGAUUUCAACCUCACCUACCCUCUUUACACCUGCUAUGAAAACUUUACCAAGCCGCAGAUGAGGAAAGUCUACACUGCAGUGUUGUUCGCCCAUGUCUACCUGGUGCCACUUACAGUAAUCACACUGAUGUAUGGACACAUUGGGGUAAAACUGUAUUUCUCAGUGGUGUCCAACAGAGAGGCCCAGAUGGCUAAUGCAUCUACCCAGGCCCCAGCUAGAAGGGGUGGUUGGCCAGUGAUAUCCCGGAAGAAGAUAAGGGUGAUAAAAAUGCUUAUUAUGGUAGCCUUGCUUUUCAUGGUCUCCUGGCUACCACUAUGGACCCUCAUGAUGAUGACAGAUUAUGCUGGGCUGGACAGAGACCAGCUGGACCUUCUGACUAGCUACAUCUUCCCCUUCACCCACUGGCUGGCCUUUUCCAACUCUAGUGUCAAUCCUAUUAUCUAUGGCUACUAUAACGAGAACUUCAAGAGGGGUUUCCAGGCUGUGUGUAAGUCUUGGCCCUUGUGCUGCUUGAUGCGGUUUCAAUUUAGGAGGAAGACUGCCAGAGAGGGCAGGAAAGGAGGGACUCAACCACAGGCUGUCAGAGGUGGAAGCAUCAGUGAUCCUAACUCACUUAUGUUCAGGAUGAGAAAUCGAGUCCCAAAAAAACAAAGUCCAACUGACACUGCUUGCCUGGAGUUUGAGUUGAAAAGGAGCCCGAGGGUGGGUUGUGUGGUGGUCCAAUCAGAGGAAAGUGGUGCUGUGCAGCAUUCAGACAUGAUUCCUAAGAAUGAGAGGGGAAUGAUUAACAAAGAUGCAGAAAGAGUUAGUUCACUGCAGGUUUCAGUAUGUCAAGCAUGGGAUAACUAA